ACCAUUCACAAUAUUCGUAAUAUUGCUUUAGAAUAAUUCUUUGUCUGUUAUUUCAUUUACAAUCCCCCUAAACUCUAAGAUUGGCCAUAGUCGUUUUCCUUCAGUGUUGCGCCUCUCCACAGUCCUUUACGGCAGUGGUACUGAUGCGGGAUGAGUCAGGCUAUAUGAUGCUGCUGCUACUGCUGCCAUUUCAUCAGCAGCGAAACACCACAAACACACAGCAAACACAAACGUGAUACCGCGGGACCCCCCCCCCCUCCCUCCUGACAGCGAGCAUCCUGCCCUCAGAAACAGCCACGCGUCUCGGCGUGGAAACACAGACGAGACGCUUGUUCCUGGUUUAUUCGUGGCUCCGGUUGAAAGCGCAAGAUCCGUGUUUUUUUUUCCAUUGCACCUGCUCUGGAUGCGUUUUUUUUCUUUGAGCUCGGGCCUGACAUCAACAAGGAAAUCAGCCCUGACUCCAGCAGGGCCUGCUAUAGCCUACACCAGCGUCUGCGUCCAGGCUUUAUAAGACAAACAUCGAGGCUUUGGGAGAGUUUCGGUUGUUCUACUGCGUCCUGAGGAUCGACCCAGACAGACUCCUCGGUGCCAUGGAGCCCACAUCAGCCUGGUCCUGAACGCCGCAAACAGCGUAAGAAGAGCAACCAUUCUGGCCUAAACUCCACUCCAGCUCCAAACAGACAGGCCGACCGACAGACAGACAGACCGACAGACAGACAAACCGACCGGUGGGAGCGACAGACAGGCCCAGCCAAGUCAUGGAGGCGAUAUGGCUCUAUCAGUUCCGGCUGAUCGUCAUCGGGGACUCCACGGUGGGCAAGUCGUGUCUGAUCCGGCGGUUCACGGAGGGACGCUUCGCCCAGGUCUCGGACCCCACGGUCGGCGUGGACUUCUUCUCCCGGCUGGUGGAGAUCGAGCCGGGCAAGCGGAUCAAGCUGCAGAUCUGGGACACCGCGGGCCAGGAGCGUUUCAGGUCCAUCACUAGGGCUUACUACCGUAACUCUGUGGGAGGGCUCCUCCUGUUCGACAUCACCAACCGCCGCUCCUUUCAGAAUGUUCAUGAUUGGCUGGAAGAGGCACGUAGCCACGUCCAGCCCCACAGCAUCGUCUUCCUAUUGGUGGGUCACAAAUGUGACCUGGAGGCACAGCGCCAGGUGACCCGCCAGGAAGCAGAGAAGCUGGCAGGGGCGUACGGGAUGCGCUACGUCGAGACAUCGGCACGUGACGCCAUCAAUGUGGAGCACGCCUUCACCGAGCUGACUAGAGACAUCUUCGCCCUGGUGCGGUCUGGCGAUAUCACAAUCCAGGAGGGCUGGGAGGGCGUGAAGAGCGGGUUUGUCCCCAAUGUGGUUCACUCCUCGGAGGAAGUGACCAAGAGUGACCGCCGCUGUCUGUGUUGAUGUGGGAAUGAGCUUUGGGACUGAAGGUGAAAAAGGGGAGGGAUUCAGAAAGGAUUCAGAGGAGAGUGGCUGACGGACUGAGGUGUCAGCCCUCUGAAUGAAACUGUUGAUAACCCUCUGUUGUUCUUUGUUCAGACUGGAUACAGAAGGGGACAUUUAAUGCCUUUCAAUGAAGGUAGAAGGCAGAGAAGAACACCUUGAACAUGGGUGGAUAGCUGAAGGGUUGUGCCCAUUUCUGUAUACGUUUUAUUUCCUUGGAGAGGAAGGAUCACAGAUGCUCAUUUACUUGCGAGGGCUUCCAUGAUUCCAUUCCUUUAGUUUUGGUUUGGGUUUCUUGCUUGAAAAUCCCUCCCUGAAUGUCUUAGAAAGGCCUUAGAAAGAGGAUCCAUUUUUGUUCUUCAUCAAAAUAUGAUAAAACUCUAGACUAAUCUUUCUUUCUCUUAUCUCUUCCUUCACCUCGCCUCCCACUACUUCUUAAUCUUUUCCUCUCUUCCAAUAUGCAGUUACAUGAUCACAUACCAAACGAUCACUUUUACGUUGGUGUCCAACAUUUUCCUAGCACAUAUCAUUCAAAGUUAAGUAGGCACCUUUAGAUUCAACAUCCCUCGUUAACAAGAGUCGUGUUUCUCUUGUGCUGACAUUUUGCUCCACAUUCCACUAUCAGAGGUCAACGGAGGAGUCCUGGAGGUCCUACAUUUAAUGAGGGAAGACUGAUUUCCCUCCCGGAGCUGUGGUUUUGUUGCCAGGGACCACAUUGUUUCUCUUUGAAGCAAUUUAGGUCUCCAGUGAGCUCAAUGACAUUGACUAAAUGGUUAUAUCCAGUAUCAUUCUGCUAAAUACCGCACUAUAACAAAACAUCAUCACCCAUCCAGUUCCUUAUGGACUCCUUAAGCAGGAAAAGACAACGUGUACAGCUUGACCGAGGUGGACUUGUUGGACUAGCUUAACAACACCUUAAUGUUUGCCUUUAACUGGGGACUUGUUAAGGUGGACUAAUACGAGUUUGAAGCCAGAAAGCACCUUCACAGCCAAGUCCAUCUUAACUGUGGAGCCUGAUUUGUGACUUUUGAAGGCUGCAGAUAAACACAGUGGAGUUUGAUUUAUUGAAAGCAGACAUAAAGGGACCAGACCACGGAUUCCACAAAAGAACCACAUUAUCCACAAUGCACGCAUACGGACAGUA